GGGAGAGGGAGAGAGAGGGGAGAGAGGGAGGGAGGUAUAGUUCAGGCAGCACUCAGAGGUUUGGCUGCAGACUGCUCGGGAUCCCUGUCGCCGCCUCGCUCUCUCCAGACGCAGCAGAGAGUUGCUGAAGACGCUUCGGCAUCACGACAGAGGAGGGGGAACGUGAGAAGGAUCGAGACCCCAGGCUCAGUGGCUACAUGCUCAGUCGUCUUUGGCUUGAAGAGGAACAACUGUACUAAUCAGCAGGAACCAUGGAUUUUGUAAUGAAGCAAGCUUUAGGUGGGGCCACCAAAGACAUGGGGAAGAUGCUGGGUGGGGAGGAGGAGAAGGACCCGGAUGCAGCCAAGAAGGAGGAGGAGCGACAGGAGGCGCUGAGGCAGCAGGAGGAGGAGAGGAAGGCCAAGCAUGCCCGCAUGGAGGCCGAGAGGGAAAAAGUACGGCAGACCAUCAGGGACAAGUAUGGGCUGAAGAAGAAGGAGGAGAAGGAGGCGGAGGAGAAGGCGGCCAUGGAGCAGGCCUGCGAGGGCUCUCUGACGCGCCCCAAGAAGGCCAUCCCUCGGGGCUGCGGAGACGACGACGAAGAGGACGAGGAGAGCAUCCUCGACACCGUCCUCAAGUUUCUGCCCGGACCUCUACAGGACAUGUUCAAGAAGUAAAGCAAAAACAACAAAACACGUUAAAGGAACCCUACAUUCAGGGUCCGGUCUGGCCUGGGCCAGGCCGUGGGGCGAAGGGAAGCGGGGAUGUUGGGUUGAGUGAAGGAUUCUGGGUGUUUUGUGAGCAGGAAGGGUUUCAGCGUAGGUUGUAGAAGUUGUCGGGAGCAACAUGGAUCUGGGAGGGGGGUUCUUGUCAAACUGUUAGAGGCUACACACUGCCUUUCUAGAGGUCUUUUACUUUGUUCUUUUCUACACCUCGACGACUGCGUCAUUCUCUCCCCUUUUUAUUUGCCUCAGUGGUUGUACGACCUUUCAACUGCCAGUUAGCACAUUUCUUACAAUUCGUAUGUUUUAUUUUUACACCCGUUAAGGAGACAGACUCUUUAGUUGUCCAUCAUGGAGAACAGUAUUCCUUAAAGGACCAUGGACUCCUGUCCUCUGACUUCUGGCACUGCCACCAUGUUUUCCAGUAGAUGGAGCAUGUCGUGUUCAUUCCAAUGGGUGUUUUCUACUUUUAUGAACCUUGUGUAGGUCUUUAUAUUGAAAAAAACUGUUAAAAAAAAUAAAAACACAAAUCAGCAAUUGAGUUUUUAGGACAUGUGCCUUCAUAUCAUCUCCUCUCGCAGAGGAAUUGUAAAUGAGGGUUUCAUUUUGAGUCAAACAGGUGUACAGUUGUUGGUAGCAUGUAGGCAAGCGUUCAAAGAUACAAGAUUGGACUCUUCUGAGAUUAUGUGCUUGGCUUUGGGCCGGUCAUUAGGCAUGUUUUGGGGUUUCCAGUGGCCAACUGGAAACCCCAGAAGAAGCCCCAACAGUCCACAAAAUGAUUUAAUGACAUAAUUCAUUGCUACCUGCAAGGCCAAGAGCUUCUGACGAACUGUUUGCUGAAGAAAAAAAAAAUGCAUCUCCUUCCUGUUGCCACUUCAUGUUUCACUAAAACUUGACCUGCAAGCCUGUCAGCUAGUUAGACUGCCACCGCGAUACAAACACGUAUCAAGAACUAAUGCCAAUAUAUGAACUUUAGGUCAAAAGGAUUGGAAAAGACUUUACUCAAACUGAGGUAUUCAUCUUCAGGACACAACACACUUUUUUUUUCUUUCUUUGAUAUUUAUUUACAGGCUGAAAUCACUGCUCUAGUCCAACCAAGUCGUUAUGAUUUAAGUAGUGUGAUCCUCAUAGACAAUCAAAGCAUUGACCACUGGGAAACUGGGGCAGCUGGUACUGUAUAUGUUGACGUCUUCUGUCAUUUGUUUUACAUUAAGCGCUUGAUUCCUACCGAGUGUCUCUUUUCUUUUUCUUCUUCACUCAUGAAUGCAAAUACCAGGUGAUGUCUGGCUGUUUACCUUCUUCAAAGUGCUGCCAGUUUAUGUUAAAGACAGUUCACACCCCAGCCGAGCUAACCGUUUUCCAUCAACUUGUAAUGUUUACCUUGAGUGAAGCUCAUCCGCAUCAAGACCAAAGAAAUACUGGUUUACUAUUUCUUUUGUCACCACGGAAACAAAGACACGCAUGCUGGUUUUUUAUCAUACGUGCGAGGCAACAUGGCAGCCUGUUCAGCGGGUGCAUGCAUCCCAAAGACCACCGCUAAACUGAAACCGACACUCCUCAAAAGUAUUCCUCGUAAAUAGAAACCGUAGACCGAGCCUGAGAAAAGCCGGUCCGUGAGCCGAUGCAUCUCACUGCCUGAAGAGCUCGCUAUGUUCUGCAUCCUGCAUCUACUAAUCCAAUAAAUUAUCAUGGUGAUUUGUCAUAUAGCAUUUAAAUAGAUGUACUGUAAAUGAAAACAAUCUCUAUUUAGUGAAAGUACCUCAAUAUAUAUCUCUAAAAACAAAGCAUGUUGGUUAUUCCUAAAUGAUCCGGUGGCUUUUCAGUGGUUAGUUGUGCAGCAAUGUAUUGAUUAAUGCAUUGUUCCAUGAGUUUGUAAUUUAGAAUAAUUUUAGGGAUUAAUAGGACUAAUGAUGAAGUUGUCAUAGGCAUUGUAAAACACAUUUUCCUCUUUUGUUUUCUAGCUCAGAUAGGACUUUUCACUAGACAAAGCCAUAUUGUUUAGAUUGCAAUAAUUACUUAAAAUGAUAAAAAAGAGAAUAUUUCAACAUUGAAAGUUACCUAUCUCACCUUUGUUUUCUGUAAGAAAAAAAUAGAGAAAAAAGAUAUUUGCAUAUCUGUUUGUAAAUCCUCACUUUUCAUUCUUGUAUCUUUAAACAAGUAUACUAACGUAUACACAAAAAAAACGUAUGUAGAAAAAAGAAGCCAUUGUUAUAAAUGUUUCAGUGUACUACAUGUGUACUGUAAGUGUGUGUGUGUUUAUAUGUGUGCGUCUUUCUACGUGUCUGUGAUGUGGGACCAUGUCGUUGAUUCAUAUAGUCCUGGUUUAUAUGAUGUAAAGGUGUCUUUGAACUACUUUGUGCACAGGCGGAAGCUGGGCAGCCUCCUAGCUGUGCCAUGUCUGAAGAAAAAAAAAACUUAACACAUUCCUUACAAAUGUUGAGCAUGCAAAUGUUUGGUAGAGAUGAGAAUACACCACAUGACAAUAGAGAAAAACAUAGAAAAUCACCUGUUUCUGUAGGAGAUCUGGGCAACAGAAUGUGUGCUUUGGAUCCAGAAAGAUCGGCGAUUAAACCUGUGGAGUGUUUGAUAUUCUUUGCUGUCUGAUGGAGCAUACGAUCGCAUACCAUAGUUUCCUCUGCUGAGGCACAAAACUCAUCUGUGAGCAUCAGUAGCAAAACAAACAAAAAAAAUGCUCUAUAUAUUAUGCCAUUUAGACAACAGCAUUUAGUGCAUUCACAAAAAACAAAUAUACCCAAAGGUCAGUCAGUUUGCAGAUGCUAUUUGCUUGUGUUCGGUUGAAGGAUCAAUCCUCUGCACAAAAUAGCUGGAAAUAAGACUUAAAUUAUGCUGCGUUCUUGUCAAAUCUUCAAAUUUAGAAAGUAGAAAGAAAAUUGAAAAAGAAAACCCACAGGAAUAGUUUAAAAGUGGAGAAAAUACAGCAUCAGGUGCCAAAGAUAGAUUACCACAUUGUAAUAAUAAAAUACUGGCCAGCAGUCCAAAGAGUAUCCGAGGCACUUUGAUUUUAAAUAUAAAAGUCUGUUCUAAUGCUACAUUGUGUUAGCUAAUCUUGUUGAAAGGCUAACUGAUGAUUAGAAAACCCUUGUGCAGUUAUGUUAGCACAUGAAUAAAAGUGUAAGUUUUCCUAGAAAACAUGAAAUUGUCUGGGUGACCCCAAACUUUUGAACAGUAGUGUAUAUUUAAAGUUUGCUGUGGGCGUCGGCUGAUGUGGUGUAAUUCUGACCAAUCGGGGAAGUUAAACGCUGCUCUUAGAAUAAAUGUUUUGACAGGAAUUUGGCUUGAAAGAAAUACAUUCGUCUGUUUGCAGUAAUUUUCCAGAUAAAAGUGAUAUAAAUCCUCCAACCUAAUGAGUACCGGUAGAAGUAAAAACUGUCUUCUGUGACUUUGGCCUGAAGUCAGGAUUAAAAUGACGUAGGACUGACAACAAGCUUGAAGGCUAUUAAAAAAGCAAACGGGAGACGUGCAAUUAAAAAACAACAAAAAACAACAAAAAAACAAAGUAGGCAUAGUGCUAGCAUUUCUCCAUUUUUAUUCCAGUGUAAAAUAUUCCAUGUACAUUUUCACAUCUCUACUUUGACGCAUUCUUCUGCACCAUUAACGAGGUGCCCGUGUUGGAAUAUAUGAGCAGAAAUCGCUGCAUGCUUAGUUUAAUAAGAAUCAUCUUAAUUUAUCACAGAUUACCACGAUUCUUCACGCACCCAAGGACAGGCCACUUUCACCUUCCAGGGUAUGGAAUAAGCUUAAACACGCCUUUGUUUCCCGUUGGUGGGUCGCAGGACUAGGCUUAUAUCAUGGGCCCUUCAUGGAAACUACAGCCAUACACCCUCUGUAUGUACAACGGUCUCUCCGUGGGACUCGUCUCGAGGCGUCACAGCACGUGAACUGCCUUUGAAAAGGGCUAUUACCAUACGUGUCGUCUUUAUGUCAGUGGGGUUAGUGGUAACUCAUCUGUGCUUGUCCUGGCGUGAUGUGUUGUCGUCGUUCUUCCUCAUUCUGCUUGCAUGACAUACUUCAGUGUUUGUGUUGAGCUGAGAAGUCCUCAGCAUCGUAGACAAUAGGAGUAGGUGGUUGUAAACAUUAAGGGUUGUUUUAAAUGCUUAUUUUCCUAACAGACAGAUGUGAGCGAGCAAGAGAUGAAAACCGCAAGUGUAGUUUUUGAAAUGAAAGGCCUCAAAGACAUCAAAUCCUGGCUGGUGUCCCUCUGAAACACACAGAAAAAAAGAGCGCUACCACUGAUGGGAUGCUUUAUUGUGGAGAAUGGAACUGGAUUUUCAAAGCAUCUUCUGUUGUCAGGAGCCCAGAAACACUCAGAUCUGAGAAACAGGAAGAGCCAAUUCAAAACCACAGCUCAUCCUCCCUCCCAAUUACAAAGAUUCUCCAUUAGGUUUGGUGGUAUUUCUCACCACUAUUAUUAAAAAAAUAAUCAACACAAAAAGAAUUUGUACAGGCAGCGUGCAGAAGACCUGCCGUAGAUGUUUACUUCCUAAAUAUAUUAAAAUUGAUGAAUGAUUGAGAUGGAGAGCGUAUCUUAGAAUUUCCUUUAAAACUGCAAACGAUGCUGAAUUUUUACGAGCGAUGUCAUAACAUUUGUCUCGUUGGUCACAUUUUUUUUGAACAUAUUGCCCUGUUGAAUCCUGCCAGAUGUGGAAGUUAACUUUACCGUGUUUACUUUCUCUCCAGCGGAAGAUAAAACUCUGGUUACUGUGAAGAGACACUUUAAAUACAUUCCAGUCUUUUUGGCAUUUGCACUAGAAUACGCUAAAAUGUCACAUUGACAGCUGUUAUGGCAUCAACUAUCCACUACCUUUUCUUUUUUCUGUUUUCCAGCCUUCUGAAUGCUGAAGUUGGAGGGUUUGAGAGGUUAAAAAAAAUGAGUGUACAAUACCUGGCAGCAGUCCCUUUAGUCUGGCCGUAUGUGCCGACCAACACAAUUGGAGAUGUUCACAAGACGUGAACUCAUGAAAACAAUAUAUGGAAGGAAAUCGGGGAGACAAAAGAUAGAAUUUAUAAAAAAAAAAUAAACUAAAGCAUGGAAUGGAAUUUUAGGGAAGUUCCUUUAACUGAAUCAGGAGGGUCUUUCUUUUUAAUUCAGGGUGAAAAUAAUUUCAGGGUGCAGGUUAAGAAUGUAAAAUAUGAGUUCUUCUGCUGUUUUCUUUUUCCUUACUUGCAUGUCAUAUACUCUAUGUGGAGCCCAAUCACUGUAAAACUGUCUCAUCAAUGGAACUGAAUCAUUCUUUUUGGAAAUUAAAUGCAUUACACUAAUAAAAGAAAAAAAGGUUUAUAAAAAGCUA